CCAUUUUGGCUCAAGCCAGCUUGGGGCUCAAGGUCAUACUGCACCUGUAGCCUAUUUUCGUCGCCGUCACCGCGAAGGCAUCAGGUUACCCCCAAGAUGACGCUGGCAAAGAGCGGGCGUCUUAGGCUGAUGUGCCGCAAGACGGAGCUCUGCCGCUUCUUCCAGAAGGGCGCGUGCAAGCGCGGAUCGGCGUGCGAUUUCGCCCACGAGGAGCACGACUUGCGGGAAAAGCCAAACCUCCAACGUACGAAGCCGUGCCCCACGGUGGCUGAAGGCCUGAGCUGCGAGGAUCCGAACUGCCCCUUUGCCCACUACGCCGGUGAGGCCCGCAAGUUCAAACCGCACCUGCCCGUUGUGGAUCAAGACGUCUCUGUGAAGACGAAGAAGAGAUCAGGCCGAGUCUUCCAGGAGGGGAACUACCUCAGCAACUGCAGCACGGCCGCCUCGCUCAGCGGCGGGCAGGCAACCUCCGACGCGAGCAGCGACUGUACGGUCGGCCUCAACUGUGACCUCGACGGAGGCAAGGGCAGCCUCACGCUGGGCUUCGACAACUUCAAAGCAGAAGCCGGCUGGAGCCGCCAGACCACCAAGUGCUCCGACAGCAGCUUCGGCCGCCAGAUCUCCGACAGCGGCUUCGACCGCCAUCUGUCCAUGUGCUCGGAAGGCGAGCAGCGCCCAGAGCAGCUCAAGUGCCACAAGAAGUACAAGACGCGCAUGUGCUCUUUCUACCUGAUGGGGAAAUGCCGGAAGGACGACUGCACCUUCGCCCACGGCCACCACGAGCUGAACACACCCGCUGGGAGCAAGGAGUCCUCGCGCGCCGGCAGCAAGGAGAGCUCGCGCGCAGGCAGCAAGGAGACCUCGCGCGCCGGUAGCAAGGAGUCCUGCUGCGGCGGCCCGGGGAGCCGCCGCCCCGAGCAGGCGCUGGCCGCGCCGCCGCAAUUCUGGCCGCCGCCGCCCACGGGGAGCACUUCCGAGGGCGCCUCGUCGGAGCACGAGCCGGGCAGUCCGGGGCAGCAGCCGCCCUCCGAGGGCGACGCGUGGGCGCCGUCCGCGGCCGAGCUCGAGGCCGAGCAGGAGGCGGAGUGCCAGCUGAUCGUGCAGAACACGUUCUUCACACUCGUGGUGAGCAGCACUCCGAAGGAAUUCCAGCGCUCGUCGUCCACUCCUCCUGGGAAGUGA